CAGUAUCAUCAGUAUAUCGUUCACGGCUGUACUCGCUCGUUCCUUUUUUUGUUUUUGUCAUCUGUCAAAAUCAAAGUCGAGCAUUUGUAUAUAAUUCUGGGGUUAGUAAAUUUUUGUAAAUUAUAAGACAGGGGUCCGUAAAAUGUUUUUGACCACGAAAGCAAGGCUUAAAAUUGUCGAUAAUGAGAAACUGCACAUUACUCGUCGGCCUGGUACAGCCGCCUGGCUGUUUCUCGGACUGUCUGUUCUUGUCUUUGUCGAACUGUGUCGUCGCCUCUCUGAAAAUAUCUUUGUAUCAACGGUGUUGAUUUUUGGAGGCAUAAUGUUCGUAUUGGACUCAUUGGGCGAUUGGGAGGAUUUCGUCUUGGAUAAAGCCGCAAAUAAAGCGACAUUCAGGCGGUGUAGUUGGAGCGAUAAAUUGUGCUUAGGUUCCGCUGGUGAAAAAUCAACGAUUACAAUGGAAUUGAGCAAAAUUCGACACGUUGGUGUUUCCAUGAAUUUGGGGCUAUUCGUUCUUUUAAAGAACGGUAAAACCACUUCUUUGUCAACGCACGGACUGCGUCGGGAGGAAAUCCAAAGAAUGCGUCGAGAAGUUCACAAUUUUUUGAAUCUGACCAGAAUCGAAUGUCUCGACAAACUGCCGCCGGAUCAUCACAAUCGCUUGCUCAUACCGUCAGACUCGGACGAUGAGAUCUUUGAUACUGCUGAAAAAUGGAAAAAUUAACAGGAUGAAUAAAGAUAUGUUGGACUGGCCAUAGAUGUGUACAUUUAAAAAGACGUCCGAUGAAGUGCAAGAUAAUUUUUAGCGUUAGUGUUUAGUGCAUAUGUAACGACUGAAGCUUUCAAAUCGAUUUG